AUGGUACUGGCUGCGAAAACAUACCAGUAUCGCUUGACGCAAGCCGAAUGCCAACUGCACAAUCUUCUUCGUAGGCUCGAAGCAGAAUUCGAAGACGAGUUCCCGGAGAUAUUCAGUAGCACAGGACUUCCAAAGCUGAACAAACCCUUCACGUUAUCAUUGCAGUUAGGAGGUCGUCAGCUUGAACAUUUUGAUCUCAACGGUACACAUCUCAUACAAGAUUGUGCGUCUGUCGGUGCUAAAAUUGUACGAAAGCUUCUGACAUCCGACGAGCAUGUGGAAUCGCCUGCAAGAGAUGAUACCUCAACUAAACUGGGAAGCGGAGAUCCUGGCAGAGUCACGCCAGGCCUGUCAAAUGAACCCCUGGUGUCUGUUGCGGUCAAAGAACAAACGUCAUGGGAGUCGAUCAAGCAGGAAGUUGUCCCUCCAUACGUUAAAGCUGUUACCUUUACGGUAGCUCGGAGUGAUUUAACACCCGAUCGUCAGGAGGACUUGAAAUUUCGUUUCCCUGAUGUUACGAUCACUACCGAAUAUCUACCUCGCGAGCACGAAGAUGAAGUCGAGGUCGAGUCCCAAUUCGCUGCCGAUCAAUGUCUGCGACAAAGGUCCACUACAGAGACUGCACCAAUCACGUCCUGGACAACCUCCACGAAGCCCCUGUCACUCCACACGAGCAUAAUGACUGUCGCAGAAGUAAUUCCAGAUAUACCUUCAGUCACUGAUACGCCAAAGCUCAGUUUGUUAUCGCGGAUGAGCAUUGGUGGGUCCGAAAUACGCAUCAAGGGCGUUGCUUCCGGAAACCCAGACAACGCCGAUACACCCACAGGUCCCGGCAAGACGUACAAUAAAUCGCCGAUAUUAAGCAUCGCAGAGCGUAUAGGUCUGGAAACCACCUGCCCAGAUAAGGUCAUACAUGCCAUGUGGUCACAAUGGCAAAACAAUCGCGAAGUAAAGCCAUAUGCCGCAGUGCGUCGAAUGAUCAACCUCAAGCAAUACUACAACAAUCUUGUCACGCUGUACACACUCGCACACCAUAGGGAGGAGUUCGACUUGUGUUUUGCGGUGUUGCUCAGGUUUCAGAGCACGAACUAUACCUUCAGAGAAGAAUUACCAGACGUAGCCACCAUCGUUCUGGCAUUCCAAUAUUUGCCUGAGGGUAACGACCUUUGUUGCUGGGUAGCGACGCUGUUCGCGUUUUUAUGGACGACUCAGCAAUAUCAGGACCGCGAACACCUCCUCGCUGACUUUCCCGGGCUCGAUAGCGACGCAUUUUCUAAGUUCAUUUUCGCGAUCGCACACAUAAGAGCUCCUUUCACGAAAGGCCACAACACUGCGGUACUCGAGCAAUGGUGUGAGGUGCACCAUCAUGAAGAAGGCGACGCAGAAGAAGCGUUAUGCAAAGAGGUGUUUGACGGCAUGAAAGUCCAGCUUGACAAGAUCAGGAGUGAAGAAGCUGAGCGCGAGUACAACGAGGCGAAGAGACUAGUCGAUGACUACGUGAAGAGCCUGCAGUCACAGUCACUGAGUGUAGACGCAACACAGAGCACACCUCUCGGAAAGAGCAAAAGAAAAGCGGAGAGCCCUGUUGUACAGUCACACAGGAAGUAUAAGAGGGGCGGUGGAAGGGGCGGUGGAAGGGGCGGGUUCAGCCGAGCAUCAUCGUAA